AUGAAAUUCCUCCCACUCCUUCUGGCGACAACCCUCGCCUCCACCGUCUACGCCCGCACCGACCUGGAGGGCUGCAUCUCCUCCUCAACCCGCAACCAAUGGAACGAAGCCAGCAUGAUCUGGUACGUCCCCGGAACAGGCGAAAUCUGCGACAUCCCCGACUGCGGCGGCGGCCGCGCGCCACCCAAACAUGACAAUCCCGCCUGCCCCGGCCAGUACACCGGCACCGCAAGCUACGAGCCGAGCUAUCUCCCCGGGUACGGGCCCGGCGCGGCGGCGUCCACGAGUACGCUCGCUGCGACGGCGAGUGCGUCGACUACGGCGGAUGUGAUGACGACAAAGUCGAGCGAGGCGACUGCGACGGCGUCGGCGGCGACGGGUAGUGUGGUGAUUACCUCUGCGCCGAGUAUGGCUGCCAGUGCUACGGCGACGAUGAAGACGAGUGCCAAGGCGGGAAACUCGUCCAGCGCGGCUUCGACUACGAGUGGUUCUGCUGGUGCUCUUGAGACUGGGAACGGUGCGGAGAUGCUCAAGUUGAAUGUGGUUGGGGCUGUGGCUGCUGCUGCUUUGGCAGUCGCGGCUUUGUAA